GCAACCAUUGUCCUCAUUCACGGCUUGGGCUCUUCCAGCUCCUAUUAUGCUCCCAUUAUCCCAAGGCUUGUAGAAGCAGGAUACUCCUGCCUAGCACUCGACUCUCAUGGCUCUGCCUUGACCAAAUUGACUGGUGAGGGCGGCGAUCUGAAAACCAUCAUUGACGACAUAGGAGCCGCCAUCUCAGCCCACGACAUUCCACCCAGCCGCGCCGUGAUAGUAGGCCAUUCCAUGGGCGGAAUCGUAGCCCCCGAAGCUGCUCUCCGCUACAAAUUCGCGGGCACAAUCCUGCUCGGACCCGUGUUCCCCAACGAAGCCCUCACAAAGAACCUCGAAGAAAGGAUUGCCAAGGUCCAAAAAAACGGCAUGGAUGCCCUAGUCGACACGAUCCCCAAAGUCGGGACAGCACCGUCGUCCACGCCCCUCCAACGCGCAUUCAUCCGCACUCUGCUCCUCGCCCAAACCCCAGAGGGCUAUAUUGCGAAUUGCAAGGCAAUUUGCAAUGCCUCCAUCCCCGAUUAUGCGAGCAUCAAGACGCCGCUUCUGCUCGUGAAUGGCGCCGAAGACGUGGUUUGCCCGCUGCAAAACUCGCAAAAAAUAUACGAUGCAUGGGGCUCCGCGGAUAAGCAUCUGCAGAUACUCGAGAGGACAGGUCACUGGUACUGCAUCGAGGCACCCGAACAGAUUGGCGAUGCCGUUGUGAAAUUUGUAGAU